AUGAAUGAUUUUCAAAUUUCAAAAUCAACUAAAAUAAAUCGGAAAAAAUUAAUUCGAAUUAGUAAUUUAUUAAUCGAUUAUUUGUUAUCAAAUAAAUUUUCAUAUUCACAAGCUUUACUUAAUCACUUUGAAUUUACUAUGGAAACAGCAUGUUUAAGAAGUCAACCUUGGAUUCCAUUGAAAAAAGAAGACUAUAAAUUAGCAAUUGACUUCGUAUCUAAAGCUUUACUAAAAGAUGAUAAAUUCAACAAAGAAUUAACAAUAACUACUCUAAAUUAUCUGACUGGAGCUUAUUCAAAGUCAAAAAAAUUAUCAUAA